GUAUAUCCAAAUAUUAAUUUUAGUAAAUGUGCAAGUGAAUGUAAAGUAUUUCUUAUAUCAUGCUUAUAUCAUAAAAUGAUCAUUAUGUAUUUUUAUACGAUGCUAGCAGUAUUUACUGUAGCUUGAACCUUUAAAAAAAUUGGUCAGUGUUGCCUAGUAGCAGAAUUAUUAUCACUUGUAACCCAUAAAAUGUCAGUGUCAAGUAAAUCUGUCAAUAGUGCGUAAUAUCUCGUUAAUUUCACGUGGUUUUCUUGGUUUCGGCAUGUUUUAUAUAAUUUACUUUUGAUGCUGAUUAAAAGAAAACACCAUGCAUCGACUUAUAUCAGCCAGAAACUUAUACCAAACAAGCAUUCAUAAUAUUUCUUUACCUUCAAAUACAGCUCUCAACAGAAGUCCUGAUAUAAAAUGUGCCUUUUGUCGGAAAAUUCUUCUAGGUCACCACAAUAUAGAAAACUUACUCGUCGCCAGGCACCAGUCCACGAGAAUCGCUAAUGCCUUGAAAGCGGUCAAGAAGAAAGGGAAACAUAAAAUUUAUAAGAAAUAUGGAGAACUAUUGGAGGUUGGCAAUCAAGCAAUGACUGAAACCAAAGUAUCUAUAAGUAAAUUACGUGCCGUCCAUCUCUCCAAACUGGCUGAUAGCCCGGUAUCACUGGGCCAGCUGCACCAGCUAACCACAAAACCAUCCAAGAAGCCCACCAUUGCUGAAGUGGAUCCUGAGCUGCUUCAGAGUGUCAAGGAAAAAAUAUUAAAGAAAUCAUCACCAGUUUCUUCAACACAGAUAAAAAUAUCUUCAGGGCCGAAGGAGAUAAGCCUGGAGGAUGACCAAUGUGCCCUAGUUUACACUCAUCACAAAAUUUCUAGUUUGGAGGACAGAUUAAAAACUAAACAGUACAUAGACUCUGUGAAAGAGAGUUAUUAUAACUUUAGGAAAGCUACUAUUUAUGACCAGAGGUUGCAGGAUUUGAGGUAUGCCAUCACUGAAGGUCUGACGCAGGAGUUUGAUAUGAUCACCCCAGACUCCAAAAUGAAUGAGAUGCCCCUCCAGCCCCUGCCAAAGAGUCCACAUUCUGUAUUUAGGGAACUGUUUAUUGAAAAUCAGAUGGAUUCCUAUGACCAGGAGCUGCUCAAUUCCUUUUCAAGUUUACAAAGCCAAGGCUUAGCCCACCCCGCUAUAGAAGACAUCUACGACGACCCAGCGUUACACAACGAGAUCCAUGAACCGCACGACCUCGAUUUCGGACAAAGAGAGGCAGCUCUUGAGGUCAAGAGGCUUAAUGUCAAAAAGGCCAAACAAGCAAUAAAGCAGAAGAAAAAAGCCAAGUUAGAAAAACGCAGAGCCAAGAAGGAAAUCAGUAUGAAGACUGACAUGAAACAGUUGGAGCUGCAGGGAAAACAGGAAGCUCUGGAACGCUUGCUCGCUGCUCAUCUACAGCUGUUGUGCUCACUCAACAUGGUACAGGAGGCCCGCAAAGUUCUACAGUAUUAUCGGCAGCGGGGAGCCAAGGUGCCCGACCAUCCAAAAAUUACGGACAUCAAAGUAUACAACACGCUUCUACACGGAUACGCGUUCAUGGGACUCCUGGACCAAACGAAGGAUUUGUUAACAUCGAUGGCGACGGACGGUAUCGCGCCGAACGCGCAGACUUAUGCCGCCACCUUCGAGUGCAUCGAGAGAAGCAACAUCAAAGAUAAAGAGCCCGUCUUGCAACAAUACUAUGAGCAAAUGCAGGAAAAGGGCAUAACCCUAAAUGACUUGCUGGACAAAACCCAAUUUGUCCACGACCAACGCGAGCUCGUGUUCCGCGCCGUCCGCCGCCUGCACCCCUCCUUCACCCCGCACUACACCCCCCCGGUGCUCGACUACGACUGCCCCCUCACCGACAAACUCAAGUUGAACGAGAUACAGAACAGACAGGGGUUGUUGACCUCGCCCGCUGAGGGGUUGAUGACCUUGGAGGAGGUAAAGGAGAGAGGGAGACGCCAGUUGCAGAUAGAGAUUAAGGGGGAUAUUGAGGUGCAGAAUAUUGAUGUUAAGGAUGACGCAUCGCCGACUGUUAAGUUAUAUCGAGAGAAACUCCAGGCAACCGAAGCAGAGUGGAGAUCGGUGGUGCGCGAGUCGUUCGAGCGCAACCUCGGCACGCUACGCUCGCAGAGCCUCGCCUCACACUCGGCCAUCGCGCUCUACCCUUACCUGAGGGUGCUGGAGACAGAGCAAUUCGUGGAUCUGAUCAUGGGCGAAAUCAACAAGCUGGUGGACGGCAGUGAAACCUACAGCCCUACGCUAAAACUAUUGCAACGUGAUCUGGGCACGCAGGUGUACCUCAAAUAUCAAGUAGAACAGUACCGCAAGAACGGAGUCCUCUCCAAAAUCUCCCAAAUCUACGAGCAAUACUGCGAAUGGUAUAUGGACCGCAGCGCGCUCGGCACCGACGUGCCGCUCAACAGUCGGCAGGCGUGGCAAAUGCUGGUGCACAGGAACAGAGAGGGCGCUAGUUUGGACAUGGAGGAGACGCCGUGGCCGAUGGAAAUGCGGCAGAACAUAGGCAAGUUCCUGUACAACAUCAUCAUCAACGACGUCAAGAUCGACGUCAACAUGUUCAAGCCUAAAGCCAAGCAGAAGAAGCUCCCGGCCGUGUACAAGGUGCACCGGCCCUGGGGCCGUCUAGUCCGCUUAGAGCUGAAGCCGCACCCCGCGCUGGCGCGCCUGUGGCUGGGCGCCGCGCGCGCCGCGCUGCGCAUGCGCGCCGCCCUGCUGCCGCCCUCGUCGCCGCCCAGACCCUGGCCGCAUCUGCAUUCUGGGGCCUAUCUACUGACUAAAACACCGCUUAUUAGAAUGCCAUUCUACAUCAUGAAUCAGUGGAAGCGGCUUGAGGAGGCGCCUCCGUCCGCGCUGUACCCGGCUUUGGAUAGCCUCAAUCAGCUCGGAGAAGUGCCGUGGGUCGUCAACAAGCCCGUGCUGGACUUACAACUUCAAAUAUUCAGAUCUGGCGGCAACAAGAAGCUGGACAUCCCUCUGCCCGCGGCCGCGCUGGACCCCAAAGACUUCGCGGAAGCAAAAGACGCGGCGGGCGCCUUCAAGCGCCGCGUGGCGCUCAGCCGCGCUCGCGCCGAGAUGCACUCGCUGUGGUGCGAUGCGCUGUACAAGCUUGCACUCGCUAAUCAUUAUAGGGACGAGAUCUUCUGGCUGCCCCACAACAUGGACUUCCGCGGUCGCGUGUACGCCUGCCCACCACACUUGUCCCAGCUCGGAGCCGACGCGUACCGGGCGUUAUUAAAAUUUGCGCGAAAAGAGCCGCUGGGACCCGACGGAUUAAGAUGGCUUAAACUACAUGCUGUAAAUUUGACCGGAACUAUGAAGAAAAGCACUGUGGAUGAGAGAUUGGAAUAUGCUGAAAGCGUCCUAGACAAGAUCCUGGACUCAGCCGAUCAUCCUCUUGACGGCGAGGGCUGGUGGCAGGCCUCUGAAGAACCCUGGCAGACGCUGGCGUGUUGUAUGGAAAUCGCCAACGCGAUCCGAUCUCCAAACCAUGAAGAAUACCUGUGCGGGUUCCCGGUGCACCAGGACGGGUCGUGCAACGGGCUGCAGCACUACGCGGCGCUGGGCGGCGACGCGGCCGGCGCCGCCGCCGUCAACCUGGCGCCUAGGGGGCGGCCGCAGGACGUCUACGCCUCGGUGUGCGCGCUCGUGGAGGAGAUGAGAGCGCGCGACGCGGCCGCGGGCGUGCCGGCGGCCAUCAUCUUGGAGAAUUUUGUGCGAAGAAAAGUCAUCAAGCAGACUGUUAUGACCACCGUGUAUGGAGUCACGAGGUUCGGGGCGAGGCUGCAGAUCGCUAAACAGCUCAAAGAUAUCGACGAGUUUCCCAAAGAGCACGUGUGGUCGUGCAGCCAGUACCUGACCACGAAGACCUUCGACAGCCUCCGCGAGAUGUUCACCUCCACCAAACUCAUCCAAGACUGGUUUACCGACUGCGCCAAGCUGAUCUCAGGCAUAUGCGGAGAGAGCGUAGAGUGGGUGACACCUUUAGGACUGCCCGUGGUGCAGCCCUACUACCGCCGCGGCAUCGCCGCUGCCAACAGCAGGAUGCCGCUUGACCACCAACAACGUCCAUGCACCAUGAAGCAGCGCAACGCGUUCCCGCCCAACUUCAUCCACUCGCUGGACUCGUCGCACAUGAUGCUCACGUCGCUGCACUGCCAGGCCGCCGCCGUGGCCUUCGUGUCCGUGCACGACUGCUACUGGACGCACCCCGGGGCCGUCCCGCUCAUGAAUAAGAUUUGCCGAGAGCAGUUCGUAGCUUUGCAUUCGCAGCCGAUCCUUGAAGACUUAUCGGACUUUCUAGUCAAGCGUUACAGCUACGAUGAAAGCGAGCUUGAAGGCACGUUGGGAGCGCCCAACAAGAAACGCGUCAACAGUUUGCUGAAGAAAGUCCCCAGCAAGGGCGACUUUAAAUUAGACAGCGUUCUCGAUUCCGUCUACUUCUUCAGCUAGUCUAUCGGACUGAAACGGACUUUAUGACUGGUGCCGUAGACUAUCUUUUGUGCGGGGUCGAUAUAGAUGUAUGGCAAUUGUGUGUCUUAAAUAGUUUAGCGUCAUCCAAUCUUGGAAUCUAACGAUCAUUUCUUAUUGCAAUGGAGACGAACAAGGGAAAACCAUUGAUGUUAAUAUACUAUCUCUCGGAUGAUGUCACUUGUUUCCUUCUACUAUGAAUUAAUAUGUAUAAUGAAUUUUACCACAACUUUGUAAUUUAUAGACACACAAUUGGGCUUGAUAGACUGAUAUGAGAUAUUGUUAACGGUUGAUAGGUAGUGUAUUUACUUUUUUAAUUUCCAAUGUUAAUAUAUUUCAACCAUGAAAUAUAACUUCCAAAAUGCCUUCACUAUAAUUAUAAAGUAGUUGACUCUCGUAGAGUACAAAUGGUUUAGUCACGUAUUUGUAAUUUGAUUGUUCCUAACGUCUAAUUCAUUUGUGGAGAAAGAUGGUGCAAAUGGGGAAAAUCGGUGAACGCAAUUCAUUCAUAAAUAUUAUACCAAAACAGCAUUACCCUUACUGUACUUACGUCAAUGUUUAGGGCAGGCAGUAUUUCUAAUCUUUUAAAAGUUUGUUUCUUUUAACCGCUUAUAAUUUUUCAUCAAACGUGCUCGUGUCGCCGACGGUACGAAGUUACGUGAAGUUUUGUCUUACUUAUUAGACUGCGGCGAAAUGAGCUGGAUACUGAACGUCACUGAGUUGAUCAGUUUUGCAAUAGACAAAUAUGAAACAAUGAGGUGGCCUAUCGCAUAUAUUUUAUAAAACUAUAUUUCCAUAGACAAUGUUUGGCCGGAAAACAUUUACUUUAUUUUUAAAUUUACUUAUUAAAAAAUAGAUUUUAAAUUUUAAAAUGUCGUCGUGGGCUAAAGACGAUUUACGCAUAUUUUAUUCAACAUUUAAAUUCCGUAUAAAGUUAGGAUUUUUUAGUAAGUAAAUUUAAAAAGAAAGUAAAUCUUUUCCGGCCAUUCAUUGUCUAUGGUAAUAUAGUUUUAAAAAGUACACCAACGCGACAACAAGCGAGCUCAACGAGAGGGGGGGGGGGGGUGGCGAUUAGGGUCGGCAACGCGCAUGUAACUCCUCUGGAGUUGCAGGCGUACAUAGGCUACGGAGACUGCUUACCAUCAGGCGGGCCGUAUGCUUGUUUGCCACCGACGUAGUAUAAAAAGUAUAUGUGAUAGGCCACCUCUUUGUUUCAUAUUUGACUAUUGCAAAACUUAUCUAGUGACCUACGUAUAUCUUAUAUACCAGACUACGGCGGUUAAAAGAUUAAAUGACGGGGGUUCCGUUUAAGCUACAGAAUGCUGAAAAGCAACAAUCUUUACGUCAAACAAAUAUCAGAACACAGAUGCAUAAAAUGGAAUUCUUUGUGUAGGUAUUAAACGGAGUCGAAAUAAAUUUGCGCCACUUUUGUCCCCAAUUGUAAGUUUUACAAUUAUUUAAGGUUGGUUAGUAUUUAGUAACUAAAUUGCGUUUGUAUGUUUAUAUGUCAUAUCUAGAAAGUCCUACACCAAACCAAAAUAAUAGUCGUAGCCUGGUUAGCGAGUGCAGAGAUUUUUUUAGUUUAACUAAAUGAAAAUGGCCAUCAGAUAACGUUGUUGAAGGAAACCCCAAAGUAGGAUUUGCCUUACACACCUUUGGACCUUUUACAACAUAGUACAAUUUUGCAUUUAUGCAAUAAAUGUUAAAACGUGUUAACAGAGUAUACUCAUAGAAAGAAAGUUAAAUCUGCGAGUGACACCCUGAGCUGUAAUUUUUGAAAAUUUUGGGAAAAACAAACGGAUCAUAUUAUACUGCAUGAAUUUUUUAUGUAAUGCGCCUAACACGGCAUGUUCCUUGAGCUGGUUCAAUUAGCUAAUCGUAUUGUAUUCAACUGACGAACGACAGAGGUAUGGAGGAGAAAGACAUGCUGCGCCGACGCUAAGUGGUGGGAAAACGGCAAGCGAAAUGAUGGUGAUUCAACUGAGUGUCCUAAACAUACCGAUAUCUGAUAACUACAACAGUAUUAAUUUUUGAUAUUAUAUUAUUGUAUCUUAUGUUCUGACUCGCAACCAUUUUCAGUAGUGCAAUGCAACAAAACAGUCUGUGAUUUGUUAGAAGUCUAACAAUAAAUUAAGCUGAAUUAUAAAAAAAAAUUGUUUUUAUUAUAUUUUAUGUGUUUAAAAAUGA